AUGACGAAGACUACCAAAACUAUCAUGGCUGCAGAUGACCUGAUGUACCUGGGCAGUUCGUUCCAGAGGCCAGCGGACCUACAACAAACAUCCAGUGUCCCACAAUCAGAUCCCCCAAGCAUCAACGGGAGCUAUUGCACACAGCCUUUCCGCAACGACUGUGAUUCCCGCGAAUGGAAGUUCGGGGAUGAGGUAAAGACCAUAUGCCCAGCUAGCCUACACUUCGAAGGAUGCAGACUACUGGCUACUGAUACCCCAUUCUUACCGGACCAUGCCAAUGAUGUCCCGAUUAACGAUGAUUUCAACUGGUUAUGCGACACACCAGAGCAAGACUUCAACUACGAACCCGAGGAAGAUGAAUGCAGCUGGCUAGAGAUCGCGGAGCUUGUCGAGAUCUUCUAUGACAGCGGUUCUCCAGGCUACCAUUCCAUUGGCCCAACAAGCAAACACAUGCAAAGCCGAGGCCGCACGGAAAAUCUUUGCCGCCAUACACCUAACAACAUCACACACGGUACGUCGACGCUGGCAAGCUCCACACCCAGCACUUCAUCUUUUUUCACUGAAGCUCACGCCCAAGAUCAUUCCACACCUCCGGAAUCACGGCAUCCCGAGAUUGGCAGCUCAUCAACGUUCUCAAGAGAAGCCAUGAAAAAUGUACAAGUAAUCGACCUAACAGGGGAUGAUAACUAUCCAUUACUGGAGCCAUUGCUCUCGCCGACACACGUCUUACCAAAAAAGAAACCCACCGCGAGACCACAUGCUGUUAUUAACCUCACCCAAUAUAACUUGGACAAGGACGACGAGAAAAUGAAAGCCUAG